GCUCGCGGAGCGGCGACUCGGAACCCGACGGGCGGCGUCUGCAGGUGUUUGCUGCGGCUGGUCCCGCGCGAGGGAGGUCGGGGGUCUUGACUCUCGACUGCUCGGAGUGUCCGCCAUGAGAAGAAGUGAGGUGCUAGCAGAGGAAUCCAUUGUGUGCCUCCAGAAAGCCCUAACUCGCCUACGGGAAAUAUGGGAACUAAUUGGGAUUCCCGAGGAGCAGCGUUUACAGCGAACUGAGGUUGUAAAGAAGCACAUCAAGGAUCUCCUGGAUAGGAUGAUUGCAGAAGAGGAAAGCCUGAAGGAAAGGCUUCUAAAAAGCAUCUCCAUCUGCCAGAGAGAGCUGAGCACCCUGUGCAGUGAGCUACAUGUGAAGCCGUUUCAGGAAGAAGGAGAAUCAACUGUCUUGCAACUAGAAAAAGAUUUGCGCACUCAAGUAGAGUUGAUGAGAAAACAGAAAAAGGAAAGAAAGCAGGAACUUAAGCUACUUCAAGAACAAGAUCAAGAGCUGUGUGAAAUUCUUUGCAUGCCUCUCUAUGAUAUUGAUAACACCUCUGUCCCCACAUUAGAAGAGCUGAACCUAUUCAGACAGCAUGUGGCAACUUUGAGGGAAACAAAGGAAUCUAGACAUGAGCAGUUUGUCAGUAUAAAGAGACAAAUUAUACUGUGUAUGGAAGAAUUAGAACACACUCCAGAUACCAGCUUUGAAAGAGACGUUGUGUGUGAAGAUGAAAGUGCCUUUUGUUUAUCAUUGGAGAAUAUUACAGCACUACAGAAACUGCUACAGCAGCUAGAAGUGCAAAAAUCACAAAAUGAAGCUGUGUGUGAGGGACUCCGGGCUCAAAUCCGAGAGCUCUGGGACAGGUUAGAAAUACCUGAAGAAGAGAGAGCAUCUGUGGGCACAAUUACGACUGGGUCAAAAGCCAAGAUCAGGAAUGCGCUGCAAUUAGAAUUGGAUCGGUUGGAAGAACUAAAAAUGCAAAACAUGAAAAAAGUGAUUGAGGCGAUUCGAGUGGAGUUGGUUCAGUACUGGGACCAGUGUUUUUAUAGCCAGGAGCAGAGACAGGCUUUUGCCCCUUAUUAUUCUGAGGAAUACACAGAAAACUUGCUCCAGUUGCAUGAUGCUGAGAUUGCACGGUUAAAAAGCUACUAUGAAGCUCACAGAGAACUCUUUGAAGGUGUUCAGAAGUGGGAAGAAAGCUGGAAGCUUUUCCUGGAGUUUGAGAGAAAAGCUUCAGAUCCAAGUAGGUUUACAAACCGAGGAGGAAAUCUUCUAAAAGAAGAAAAGCAACGAGCCAAGCUCCAGAAAACACUCCCUAAGCUGGAGGAAGAGUUGAAAGCACGGAUUGAAAAGUGGGAACAAGAGCAAUCAACAGCAUUUGUGGUGAAUGGACAAAAUUUCAUAGAGUAUGUUACAGAACAAUGGGAAAUGCAUCGGUUGGAGAAGGAAAAAGCCAAGCAGGAAAGACAACUGAAGAACAAGAAGCAGAUGGAGACAGAGAUGCUCUACGGCAGUGCUCCGCGGACACCUAGCAAGCGGCGAGGAUUGACUCCCACCACCCCUGGCAAAGUACGCAAGCUGAAUAUCACCACUAUGUCCACUGCUACACCCAAUAGCAGCAUUCGGCCUGUCUUUGGGGGGACAAUGUACCGGUCUCCCGUGUCUCGACUUCCUCCUUCUGGCAGCAAGCCAGUUGUGGCUUCCAUCUCUUCUGGAAAGAAAACACCUCGAGCUGUCCGGCUUGGGGCCAAUAAGGAGAACCUGGAGCUCAAUGGCAGCAUCCUGAGCGGUGGGUACUCUGGCUCAACCCCCCUCCAGCGCAACUUCAGCAUUAAUUCUGUUGCCAGCACCUAUUCUGAGUUUGCGAAGGAUCCAUCCCUCUCUGACAGCUCCACUGUUGGGCUUCAGCGGGAACUUUCAAAGGCUUCCAAAUCUGAUGCUUCUUCUCGAAUCCUCAAUUCAACCAACAUCCAGUUCUGAGAGUCCCUCACCAGUCAGCCAGCUGGGGCUUUUUGUGCCUAGAUUGGAUGUACUGAUUUCACACAGGGUGACUUCAUAAUUUUUCUUGAGUUUAGGUGUGCUUAAAACCCUGGACAGGUUCUGUGAUCAUGGGCCUAACUUAGACAAGAAUGUGACCAAUGAAAAUACUUCAUAGGUAUAGUGGGUUCAUGGAGACAUUCUAUUUUUUGACUUCAGGAAUACCUUAAAAGUUAGUUUAUAGCAGUAAAUACAAAUUUUAGCAUCUGAGAUCUGAUCACUUUCUCUACCCCAUUAUUCUACUUAAAGCAUGAUGAAGGGCUUAUUCCACCAUCAUAUAAGAAAAUUAUUGACUAUGCUUAACUUUGGGGUAUUGGCCACAUAAUCUGGCUUGUAUACUUAUAAAUUAGUGAUUAACAUCUUUUUUGUCUAGGGAUAUUCAGUUAAUGUUAUAGCUUUGCUCUUGCUCAAAGGCCUGUCCCCAGCACUCAGACUGAGGAGGACGUCUUUUACGUCAGCAUUCAAGAUGACCCAGUCUGCUGCCACUGCGGCAGGGAGGAUGUGGGGGCUUUGUUAACUUGUGUACAGUUGUGUUUUAUAGUGCAAUCCCUUUGGGGGGGUAUGUGUGCAUGAACACACAUGCUUGUCUGUACUGUUUAUUCAGUUCUUCUCUGGCUUCAGUUCUCCUAUCCCUGUGCCCGCUGUACCUGUUCCUCUGUAGUUGCCAAUUAAGUGGAGAGGCUGUCUGCGUGGGUUGGGCCAUUUCUGUUGUGGAGAUCAGCAACUUUGCACAUGUCACUACUGGGGAGUUGUUCCUAUAAUAACAUCCACGCUGAGGCUCCUUUACCUAUGCCAUCCAUCACUACUGCUUCCCAAAGCACUAUUAUUUAUUCUGUCUGCUUGCACCAACACUGCUGUCAACACAUUAAAUGGUUCUUAAAAGCUUA